UUUUUUUUUUUUAAAUCUCUUUAGUCUUCUUUCUUACUCAGCUUCAAUGUGUUCCGGGGCGAGGACGGGGUGGCUUGCAGAAGUUCAUCUGGGGCUGCCGGCCUCUGCGUGGGCUCAAUGGGGCAGCUGUGGGGCAGGCUGAUCCCCCUCCUUUGGCUGAUCCCCCUCCUUCUGCUCCCGCUCCCAGGGCAAGGCGCUGAAGCCUGCAGUACCAGUGGGUGCUGUUUUCAGGACCCGCCAUAUCCGGAUGCAGACUCAGGCUCAGCUUCAGGCCCCAGGGACCUGAACUGCUACCGGAUACUCAGCGCUGGUUAUGAAUGCUCCUGGCAGUAUGAGGGCCCCACGGCUGGGGUCAGCCACUUCCUGAGGAGCUGCCUCAGGCCCGGGCGCUGCUGCUACUUCGCCGUGGGCUCAGCCACCAGCCUGCAGUUCUCUGACCAGGACGGCGUAUCUGUGCUCCAGGCUGUCACGCUCUGGGUGGAAUCUCGAGUGGAGAACCGGACAGAAAAGUCACCUAACAUCACCCUGAAGCUUCAUAGCUCAGUUAAAUACGACCCUCCGCCAGCGGAAGACAUCACUCUGUCCAGGUCCGCGGGGCAGGUGCUCUUCAAGUGGGAGACCCCAGCCCGCCAGGAUGACGCCGAGGUGCAGUUCCGGCAUCGGACACCUGGCAGCCUGUGGAAGUUGGACAACUGCGGACGUCAGGAUGAUGCUGGCUUCGAGUCGUGCCUCUGCCCCCUGCAGAUGGACGCAGCCCAGGAAUUCCAGCUACGCAGGAGGAGGCUCAGGCCAGGAACCCCAGAAGAUCCUUGGAGCAGCUGGAGCACCCCCGUGUGUGUCCCCCCUGAACAUCCGCCACAGCCCACCUUGAGGCUCUCAGUGGAGGCGCUCCGCCCAAACGGGAGGAGGCAGGUGACCCUGCAUGGGCAGCUGCCCCUGCUUGAGCUUCCAGAAGGUUGCCUUGGGUCCAACUCUGGCGGGGAGGUGACCUACAGCGUCCGCCUGCACAUGCUGUCCUGCCCGUGUAAGGCCAAGGCCAUGGCGACCUUUCAGCUGAAGAAACUACUCAACCUCUCUGGUGCGGCCUAUGACCUGGCUGUCGUCUCCCAGAAUCGCUUCGGCCCUGGCCCCAACCAGACGUGGCACAUUCCUGCCCACACCCACACAGAACCAGGGGCUCUGAAUAUCAGCGCCGGAGCCAACGGGACCACCAUACAUUGGCCAGCGCAGCACCAGAGCGCGACAUACUGCAUUGAGUGGCAGCCCCAGGGCCAGGACAGGAACCUUACCAUGUGCACCCUGACUGCACCCCAGGAUCCGGACCCCAUGGGAAUGGCAACCCACAGCUGGAGCAGAGCAUCUAGGGCAAUGGAGCAGAAAGUGUGUUACCACAUCACAAUCUUUGCCUCUGCACGCCCAGAGAAGCUCACCUCGUGGUCCACGGUCUUGUCCACCUACCACUUUGGGGGCAAUGUUGCAGCCUCGGGGGCCGGAAGUCCCCAACAUGUGUUGGUGAAGAAGCUCAGCCAGGACUCCGUGUCUGUGGACUGGACGCCGUCCCUGCUGAGUGCUUGCCCAGGGGUCCUGAAGGAGUACGUCGUGCGCUGCCAGGAUGCGGAGGGCAACCAGGUGUCCGAGCUGCCCGUGAAGCCCACAGAGACCCAGGUCACCCUUAGUGGCCUUCGGGCUGGCACAGCCUACACCGUGCAGGUCCGAGCAGACACACCGACGCUGCAGGGCACCUGGAGCCAGCCCCAGCCAUUCAGCAUCGAAGUCCAGGUCUCCCAGGUGUUCGAAUUGUCCAUAAUCCUCGUGUCUCUGGGGAGCUUCGUGAGCAUCCUUCUCCUGGGCGUCCUUGGGUACCUCGGCCUGAACAGGGCUGCACGGUGCCUGUGCCCACCGCUGCCCACGCCCUGUGCCAGCACUGCGGUCGAGUUCCCUAGCAGCCAGGGAAAGCAGGCUUGGCAGUGGACAAGCCCGGCAGACUUCCCGGAGGAGGUGUCCUUGAAAGGGGCCUCGGUGGUGAACUUGUCCUGGGAAAAAGCUCAGGUAACUGACCUGGACACACCUGUGCAUUUCCAGAAGAAGACACAGCUACUUCGGGGCACUCCUGAACUGGCCUUGGAGGACACAGAGCUUCCCUUGGAGGACAGGAGACAGGUGCAAGGCCACCCUGAGGCUCGGGCUCUGGGGCCCGGCAGGCAGGAUGGUCUGGAGGGCAACCCUGCCCAGGUGGCUGAACUGUCACUGCUCUUGGGAGACCUGAUACAGACCCCCACAUUCAGUGGCCCCGCGCACAUGGGCCUGGAGGCCUGAGGGAGAGAGCGGGAGGUCGGUCUCGUCCUUCAGGGAGGGAGACCGGAUGCGGCUGGUUAUUAAGCAGAUCUCGCACACCCAGCCGGUUCCGUCUACACCUCACAUGAUGUCCUGAUUCCCGUAACCACCUCGGGAGGCACACGGCUAUUCUAUUUUACAGAUAUGACCACCGAGGCUCAGAGAGAGCAAGUGGCUAGCCUGGUGCCACCCGGGCCUGGGCAGGAGGCAAACCUGGGCCAAGCGCCCCGACCUGUUUCCUCCUCCUACGCUCUGGUGCCACACUGCCCCCCUCUCUGUCUAGCUCAGGUUGCGCCAUGUCCUGCGGUGAGAACCCUAGAAACCACCACGAAAAGGAAACUGCCACACCCCAUGGCAUCCACGGGAAAGGGACAGAACUUCUCAGCGUCAUAUAGAUUGGAGGGGGGCCAACGGGGGCUCCUGUUGAUCCUAGGACCCUAAGCUGGACGUUGUGUCCCAGGAGCACUUGAUGGGGAGUCUGGGUGCAGACAGAGCUCCUGCUGCACUGCACGGUCCAGGCUCGGAGGACCUAGUCGUGGGAAAACAAGGGGACCCUACCCUAAGCAUUCUGAGGGAGGUGAUGGCCCCCCCUUGCCUUCCUCCUUGCCUGUAGAGUGGGAGUGACUAAUAUUGAACCCGCAGGUCUGUCGAGGGGGUCCGCGGCUCAAUAAACGAGCCUUCCGUUGGGUAA